AUGGCUCCUCUAGUUUGGACUCUGACGCUGCUGGUGGGGGCUGCUUGGGGCCAGGACCAAGCACCUGCCCCCAACUCUUCAGACUGGAAACCGAUGGUGCGCACUUCGAGGGAGAGCUCCAUUCUCACGAAGUGUGACUUUGAAGAUAACACCCGACCUUUGUGUGACUGGUCUCAAAUGUCCUCGGAUGAUGGGGACUGGAUUCGAAUGACUGGACCCUCCCCCAAUGGCACUUCUGGCCCCCCCGGGGGCUACCCCAAUGGAGAAGGCUAUUACCUGCACAUGGAUGCCAGCACCUUCCCUCGGGGCGGAGUGGCACGUCUGCGCAGCCCGGACAUAUGGGAGCAAGGCCCGCUCUGCAUCCAUUUCGCCUUCCACAUGUUUGGGCUGUCAUGGGGUGCGCAGCUCAGGCUGAUGCUGCUCAGGGGUCGGAGGUACCACCGGCCCAACAUGCUCUGGAAAUAUGUGAAUACACAGAGUCCCUCCUGGAUGCCCACCACGGUCACCGUGCCAGCGGAUCGUGAUAUACCGAGCUGGCUGAUGUUUGAGGGCAUGAGGGGCAACACCGCCUACCUGGACAUCUCUCUGGAUGGCCUCUCUAUCCGGAAGGGCACCUGCAAUCAGAUAUGCAUGUCCCAGAUGUGCAACUUUGAUGCUCUAAACAAUCUCUGUGGCUGGAGCUGGGUCCCAACUGCCACCGGGGCCAAGUGGACUCAGAAGAAGGGAUCAUCAGGGAUACUGGGUGUGGGACCUGAUGACGACUUCUCUAGCCCUGGCAGUGGCUACUACAUGCUCCUGGACCCUACGAAUGCAAGACCAGGACAGAAAGCUGUACUUCUGAGUCCCCUGAGCCAUUCCAGUGGCUGCCUGACCCUGUCUUUCCAAUACAUAAUGCGCGGCCUGUCGGCUGGCGAAGGCCUUUUUGCCUAUGCUUCAUUCUUAGGCAACAUCCGGAAACACACUCUCUUCUCAGGACACCGUGGACUCGACUGGCAGUCUGUGUCUGUCAAUUAUACAGGACAGGGAAUGAUACAGUUCAUAGUGGUGGGUGUGUUUGGAGAGAAGCCAGAGCCAGCAAUAGCUGUGGAUUCCAUCAGCAUCUCUCCCUGUGGGGAGGGCUUUCCCCAGUGUAACUUUGAAGACAGAGUUCAUCCUUUCUGUGACUGGAACCACGUGGUAGGAGACGCCGGACACUGGAGCUGGGGGAGUAAAAGUGUACCUACCCCUAUCUCAGGACCCCCAAGAGAGUUCCCAUAUGGAGGGGAACAUUAUAUUUACUUCGAUUCAGCCAUGGUACCCGAGGUGAGACAGUCUGCCAGAUUGGUGAGUCCACCCUUCUGUGCCCCUGGGGAUGUCUGUGUGGAGUUUGCUUACCACAUGUACGGCCUUGGAGACGGCACCACGCUCAAGCUCCUGUUGGGGAGUCCUGCGGGCAGUUCUCCCAUUUCUCUGUGGAAACGUGUUGGGUCUCAGAGCACUGGCUGGGUGAACAGCUCUGUCACCAUUCUGAAGGGACAUCAGCAGCCCAUGGAGUUGCUUCUUGAGGCCACCCGGGGGACCAGCACUGCCUUUGUCAUCGCUGUGAAUUACAUCUUGAUCAGUCAUGGACCGUGUCGGGCUAAGAUAAAACUCGAGGGCCCAGCUUCUUCCCUUCCACCUAUUGGCUCUUCUGAAACCACAGUCCCUAUGCUCCCCAUAGAAACAACCACUGUCUCCACUGAAGAGACCAUGGCCUCCACAGAAAGAAUCAGCAUCCCUCCUGAGGAGACAACUACUCCCACAACACUGGUCACUGCUGCCACAGAAGUGAGCACUGUCUCUCCUGAAGAGGACAGCGUCCCUCCUGAGGAGAUCAUCCCUACAGAAGUAACCACUGUCCUUCCUGAACAGACCAGCGUCCCUCCUGAGGAGACCACCACCUCUCCAGAAGUGACCACUGUCUCCACAGCAGUGGUCACUGCUGCCACAGAAGUGACCAUUGUCACUUCAGAAGUGACCACUGUCUCUCAUGAAGAGACCAGCGUCCCUCCUGAGGAGACCACCACCUCUCCAGAAGUGACCACUGUCUCCACAGCAGUGGUCACUGCUGCCACAGAAGUGACCAUUGUCACUUCAGAAGUGACCACUGUCUCUCAUGAAGAGACCAGCGUCCCUCCUGAGGAGACCACCACCUCUCCAGAAGUGACCACUGUCUCCACAGCAGUGGUCACUGCUGCCACAGAAGUGACCAUUGUCACUUCAGAAGUGACCACUGUCUCUCAUGAAGAGACCAGCGUCCCUCCUGAGGAGACCACCACCUCUCCAGAAGUGACCACUGUCUCCACAGCAGUGGUCACUGCUGCCACAGAAGUGACCAUUGUCACUUCAGAAGUGACCACUGUCUCUCAUGAAGAGACCAGCGUCCCUCCUGAGGAGACCACCACCUCUCCAGAAGUGACCACUGUCUCCACAGCAGUGGUCACUGCUGCCACAGAAGUGACCAUUGUCACUUCAGAAGUGACCACUGUCUCUCAUGAAGAGACCAGCGUCCCUCCUGAGGAGACCACCACCUCUCCAGAAGUGACCACUGUCCCCACAGAAGUGACCACUGUCACUACAGAAGCAACCACUGUCACUGCAGAAGUGACCACUGCCUCUCAUGAAGAGACCAGCGUCCCUCCUAAGGAGACCACCACCUCUCCAGAAGUGACCACUGUCCCCACAACAGUGGUCACUGCUGCCACAGAAGUGACCACUGUCACUACAGAAGUGACCACUGUCACUACAGAAGCGACCACUGUCACUACAGAAGUGACCACCAUCUCUCCUGAAGAGACCAGCGUCCCUCCUGAGGAGACCACCACCUCUCCAGAAGUGACCACCGUCCCUCCUGAAGAGACCAGCGUCCCUCCUGAGGAGAUUGCCACCCCUCCUGAAGGGACCACCGUCCCUCCUGAAGAGACCAGCGUCCCUCCUGAGGAGACUGCCACCCCUCCUGAAGGGACCACCGUCCCUCCUGAAGAGACCAGCGUCCCUCCUGAGGAGACCACCACCUCUCCAGAAGUGACCACCGUCCCUCCUGAAGAGACCAGCGUCCCUCCUGAGGAGAUUGCCACCCCUCCUGAAGGGACCACCGUCCCUCCUGAAGAGACCAGCGUCCCUCCUGAGGAGAUUGCCACCCCUCCUGAAGGGACCACCGUCCCUCCUGAAGAGACCAGCGUCCCUCCUGAGGAGACUGCCACCCCUCCUGAAGGGACCGUCCCUCCUGAAGAGACCAGCGUCCCUCCUGAGGAGACUGCCACCCCUCCUGAAGGGACCACCGUCCCUCCUGAAGAGACCAGCGUCCCUCCUGAGGAGACUGCCACCCCUCCUGAAGGGACCAUUGUCCCCACUGAAGAGACCAGCGUCCCUCCUGAGGAGACUGCCACCCCUCCUGAAGGGACCAUUGUCCCCACUGAAGAGACGACUGUCUUUGCAGAGCAAUCUACUCCCAUUCAAAUGCCCACAACAGGUAAACCACCCUGUCCAAGCCCGUCACAGGUUCCAGGUGUCUCGAUGGCCCUGGCUGCAGGUAUAACUACCACAGAGAGCUGCCCUCCAAAUGCCCACUUGGAAUUGUGUGCGUGCCUUGCAUCCUGUGAGAACCCCAAGCCCCACUGCCACGCCCCCUGCAGAACUGGCUGUGUCUGCAAUCCUGGAUUUCUGUUUAGGAACUAUCAAUGUAUUAAUGCUUCUUCCUGCAAUUGCUUCUAUAGCAACAAAUAUUAUAAGCCUGGGGAAGAAUGGUUUAGUCCCAACUGCACAGAACGGUGCCGCUGCCUGCCCGGUAGCCGGAUGGAGUGUCAGAUCUCCCAGUGUGCGACGGACACGGCGUGCCUGCUGAAGAGAGGCGAAUAUGAAUGCCAGCCUUACGGUAGUGCCACCUGCCUGGUCUAUGGGGACCUUCAUUUUGUCACCUUUGAUGAGAGACACAUUAGCUUCACAGGAACGUGUACCUAUAUCUUGGCCCAGACCUGUGACAACUCCACAGAUUCAUUCUUUAAAAUAACAGCAAGCACCCAAGAACGGGGAGUAGAAGGCAUAUCAUCCCUGGACAGAGUCUUCAUCACCCUUCCGGAGACUACCAUUACCAUGACCAGUGGUAGACAAACACUGAUUGGAGACCAGAGAGUCACCCUCCCAGUGAUACCUUCUAAUAACAUCUAUGUGGGUCUGAGUGGGCGAUUUGUGGAGUUGAGGACGACAUUUGGUUUGCGUGUCAAAUGGGAUGGUGACCAGCAGCUUUUUAUGACUGUGCCCAGUACCUACUCGAGAAAACUCUGUGGUCUCUGUGGGAACUAUGACGGGGACAGCAGCAAUGAUAACCAGAAGCCAGACGGCACGAGGACACAGGAUGGGGACGAGCUGGGGAAGAGCUGGCAGUUGAAAGAGGAAGAGAACAAGGAUCUUGUUGACUGCUUGGGUUGGGUCUCUUCCAGGUGUCAGAACAAGAAGAGCCCCCCAUCUUGUGAUCCAGCCUUGGGAAGAACUAUGUCGGAGCACAAGUUAUGUGGCCAGCUUGUUGAUCCAAGAGGAACCUUUGAGGCAUGCCUGUUCCACAUGAAGGCCUCAUUCUUCUUGGAUAACUGUGUGUCGGACAUGUGUAGCUUCCAGGGGCUCCAGCAGAUGCUUUGUACUCAUAUGUCAGCCAUGACUGCUGUCUGCCAAGAUGCUGGCUAUGCCGUGAGGCCCUGGAGAAGACCCCAGUUCUGCCCCUUGGUCUGCCCUCAAAAUAGCAGGUACUCCCUAUGUGCCAAACCAUGCCCGGACACCUGCCAUCCUGGAUCUGCUCUCCAGCCCUGCCCAAAAAAGUGUGUGGAAGCAUGCGAGUGUGAGCCUGGCUUCGUGCUCAGUGGUUUUGAGUGCGUCCCUCGGAUCCAGUGUGGGUGCACCAGCCUCGAGGGACGCUACUUCAAGGUACAGGAGCAAUGGUUUAAUCCAGACUGCAAAGAGAUCUGCACUUGUGAUGGUAACAACAACGUUCGCUGCCGGCCCUGGAAGUGUAGGGCUCAGGAAGUCUGUAGCCACAGGAAUGGUGUGUUAGGCUGUCACGCCCAAGGUGCAGCCACCUGCAUUGCCUCAGGUGACCCCCACUACCUGACAUUUGAUGGAGCUUUGCAUCAUUUUAUGGGCACCUGCACAUAUGUACUGACGCAGCCUUGCUGGUCCAAUGCUCAUGACAACAACUUUGUAGUGAGUGUCACCAACGAGGUUCACGACGGCAACUUGGAAGUCUCCAGUGUCAAAGCUGUCCACGUGCAGGUCUUCGACCUCAAAGUCUCCCUGUUCAAAGGCCGAACAGUCGUGCUGAACAACCAACGGGUGGCACUACCUGUGUGGCCUCUGAAAGGACGGGUGACCAUUAGGUUGAGCGGCAUCUUUGUCCUGCUCUACACGAACUUUGGGCUUCAGGUUCGAUAUGACGGAAAGCACCUGGUGGAGGUGACAGUGCCUUCCUUAUACGCUGGCUUCCUCUGUGGGCUGUGUGGGAACUACAACAAUAACAGUUUGGAUGACAAUCUGCGUCCAGAUGGGAAGCCUGCAGGCAACUCACUUCUUCUGGGAGCUGCUUGGAAAAUACUUGAAGCUUCUGAGCCUGGCUGCUUUGUAGUCGGGGGCAAGUCCUCCAGCUGCCAAGAGAACAGCAUGGACGACGCCUGGACUAAAAAAUGCGCCAUCUUGAUGAACCCUAUUGGACCUUUCUCCAAUUGCCACGAAGCGGUGCCCCCGCAGGCCAGCUUCUCCAGUUGUGUGUACAGCCAGUGUGGGACCAAAGGAGACAUCCUGGCCCUGUGCCGCUCCCUGCAGGCCUAUGCAUCGCUGUGUGCCCAAGCUGGCCAAGUGAUUACCUGGCGCAACAGCACCUUCUGCCCUCUGAGGUGCCCACCCAGGAGCAGCUAUAACCCAUGUGCCAACCCCUGCCCAGCCACCUGCCUCACCCUAAGCAGCCCAAGAGACUGUCCAACCCUGCCCUGUGUCGAGGGCUGUGAAUGCCAGACAGGCCACAUCCUGAGUGGAACUACCUGUGUGCCCCUCAGACAGUGUGGCUGCAGUGACCAGGACGGCUCCUACCACCUGUUGGGGGAGAGCUGGUACACAGAGAAGACCUGCACCACCCUCUGCACGUGCUCAGUCCACAGCAAUGUCACCUGCAACCAAACGGCCUGUGAGGCCAACCAUGUGUGCUUGCGCCAGAAUGGGCUGCUGCGCUGUGCUGCAGAGAUGGGAGAGUGUCAUAUCUCAGAGGAUUCGCAGAUCGUGAGCUUUGAUGGCCAUAGCCAUCCUAUCCAAGACAUGUGUACUUACGUCAUGGUCAAAGUGUGCCACCCCAGCAUGAACCUGCCUUUCUUCACCAUCAGUGCCAAGGCCGACCAGCAUACCCACACCAAACCCAAGACCUUCGGUGUCUAUCAGCUAUACAUUGACAUCUUCAGCUUCCGAGUCACUCUGCAAAAGCACCAUUCAGUCCUGGUGAGCUAGAUCAAUGACACGCUGGUCACCCUUCCUGCCACGACCCAGAUCCCAGGAGUCAGCAUCACGACGGAAGACGUCUAUACCAUUGUCACAAUUAAGGACGAAGUUCAAGUCAAAUUCGAGAGCAACAAUUUCUUAGAUAUCAAAAUCCCUGCAUCCUCUAAUGGAAAGGUCUGCGGUGUGUGUGGGAAUUUCAAUGGUGAGGAAGAGGAUGAACUCAUGAUGUCCAGUGAUGAACUGGCCCAGGAUGAGCAGGAGUUCAUGGAGAGCUGGGCAGAUAAGCACAUCGACCCAAGUUGCCAGAAAAUCGAAGAGCAGAAUAUCCAGGUGGAGCAGCAGGAGAUCAUGAACGGAAACUGCAGGCCCGCUGACUUCGAGAAAGCCCAAGCAAACUGCAAGACUGCUCUCCAGGGUCCUACCUGGGCCCAGUGUGCUUCCCGGGUAUCCCUUAAGCCCUUCCUGCUGGGAUGUAUGAACAACUUCUGUGAAUUCAGAGAACUCUUCCGUGCCCUCUGUGAGGCUCUGCAGUCCUUCCAGGAUGCCUGCCAGAAACAGGGGCUCAAGCCACCUAUCUGGAGGAACAGCAGCUUCUGCCCUCUGGAAUGCCCUCCUCACAGCCACUACACAAACUGCCUUCCUUCCUGUCCACCUUCCUGCUUGGACCCCAACAGCCGCUGCGAGGGCUCUGGCCACAAAGUCCCCUUCACCUGCAAGGAGGGCUGCAUCUGCCAACCGGGCUAUGUGCUGAACAAUGACAAGUGUGUGCUCAAGACUCACUGUGGCUGCAAAGACGCCCAGGGUGUCUUCGUCCCAGAAGGCAAGAACUGGAUCUCCAGUAGCUGUACCCAGAACUGUGUCUGCAUUGGAGGGGCCAUUGAGUGCCAGAAUUUUCAGUGUCCCUCAGGGGCUCAGUGCCAGGACAAUGAAGAUGGCAGCAGCAAAUGCGUUAAAAUCACUCUGCAAUGCCCGGCCCACAGCCUCUACACCAACUGCCUUCCCGCAUGUCCUCCUUCCUGCUCCAACCUGGAUGGCCACUGCAGCGACACAAACCCCAAAGGGCCUUUCAUUUGCAAAGAAGGCUGCCUCUGCCACCCUGGCUUUGUGCUUGAUAAGAACAAGUGUGUACCCAGAACUCACUGUGGCUGCAAAGAUACCCAGGGUGCCUUCAUCCCAACAGGCAAGACUUGGAUGUCCACAGGCUGCACCCAGAGCUGUGCCUGCAUGAGAGGGGCCAUCAGGUGCCGAAAUUUCCAGUGUCCCCCGGGGACUCACUGCAAGGACAGCAAUGAUGGCAGCAGUAACUGUGUCAAAAUCACUCUGCAGUGCCCAGCACACAGCCAGUACACCGACUGCCUUCCUUCCUGCCUGCCUUCCUGCCUGGACCCGGAAGGACACUGUGAGAGUGCCAGGACCAGGGCCCCCUCCGCCUGCAAGGAGGGCUGUGUCUGCCAACCUGGCUUUGUGCUGCAUGAUGACAAGUGUGUGCUCAGAACUGAGUGUAGCUGCCAAGACACUCAGGGUGCCUUCAUCCCAGUAGGCAAGAGCUGGAUCUCCAGAGGCUGUUCCCAGAGUUGUAACUGCAUGGGAGGGGUCAUUCGAUGCCAGAAAUUCAAGUGUCCCUCAGGGACUUUCUGCCUGGACAACGAAGAUUAUACCAGUAACUGUGUUGAAAUCACUAUGCAGUGCCCCGCCCACAGCCACUACACCAACUGCGUGCCAUCUUGUCUGGCUUCCUGCUCAGACCCAGAAGGCCACUGUGAGGGGAUCAGCACCAGAGCCCCCUCCACCUGCAAGGAGGGCUGUGUCUGUGACCCUGGCUUUGUGCUGCAUGACGGCAAGUGUGUGCUCACGACUGAGUGUGGCUGCAAGGACGCCCAGGGUGCUCUCAUCCCGGCAGACAAGACCUGGAUCAACAGAGGCUGCACCCAGACCUGCACCUGCGUGGGAGGGGCCAUCCACUGCAGGAAUUUCCAGUGUCCCCCGGGGACUUACUGCAAGGACAUCGAGGACGGCAACAGUAAAUGCAUCAAAAUCACUCUGCAGUGCCCAGAACACAGCCUGUUCAUCAACUGCCUUCCCGCCUGCCAGCCUUCCUGCACGGACCCUGAUGGCCGCUGUGUGGGAUCCAGCACAAAAGGUCCCUCCACCUGCAAGGAGGGCUGUGUCUGUGAAUCCGGCUACAUGCUGAAUGACGGCAAGUGUGUGCUCAGAAAUCACUGUGGCUGCAAGGACGCCCAGGGUGCUCUCAUCCCGGCAGACAAGACCUGGAUCAACAGAGGCUGCACCCAGAGCUGUACCUGCGUGGGAGGGGUCAUCCUGUGCAGGAAUUUCCAGUGUCCCUCAGGAACUUACUGCAAAGACAUCGCGGAUGGCAACAGCAACUGUACCAAAAUCACUAUGCAGUGCCCCGCCCACAGCCACUACACCAACUGCGUGCCAUCUUGUCUGGCUUCCUGCUCAGACCCAGAAGGCCACUGUGAGGGGAUCAGCACCAGAGCCCCCUCCACCUGCAAGGAGGGCUGUGUCUGUGAACCUGGCUUUGUGCUGCAUGACGGCAAGUGUGUGCUCAGAACUGAGUGUGGCUGCAAGGACGCCCAGGGUGCUCUCAUCCCGGCAGGCAAGACUUGGAUCUCCAGAGACUGCACCCAGAGCUGUGCCUGCACAGGAGGGACCAUCCAGUGCCAGAAUUUCCAGUGUCCCCCGGGGACUCACUGCAAGGACAACAAUGAUGGCAGCAGCAACUGUGCUAAAAUCACUCUGCAGUGUCCAGACAACAGCCACUAUACCGACUGCCUUCCCUCCUGCCCACCCUCUUGCUUGGACCUGGAGGGCCACUGCGAAGGCACCAGUCCCAAAGUCCCCUCAACUUGCAAGGAAGGCUGCCUCUGCAACUCUGGCUUUGUGCUCAAUAAGGACAAAUGUAUACCCAGAAUUCAGUGUGACUGCAAAGACGCCCAGGGCGCUCUUAUCCCGGCAGGCAAGACCUGGACUCCUAGAGGCUGCACCGAGAGCUGUACCUGCACAGGAGGGACUGUCCAAUGCCAGAAUUUCCAGUGUCCUUCAGAGACUUACUGCAAGGACAACGAUGAAGGCAACAGCAACUGUGUGAAAAUCACUCUGCAGUGCCCGGCCCACAGCCACUUCACGGACUGCCUUCCUUCCUGUCCACCUUCCUGCUUUGACCCUGAUGGCCGCUGUGAGGGAACCAGCCCUAAAGUCCCUUCCUGCAAGGAGGGCUGCCUCUGUCAACCUGGCUAUGUGUUGGGUAAUGACAAGUGUGUGCUCAAAAUUGAGUGUGACUGCAAGGACGCCCAGGGUGCUCUCGUUCCGGCAGGCAAGACCUGGAUCUCUGCAGGCUGUACCCAAAACUGCACCUGUGUGGAAGGCGCCAUCCAGUGCAGGAAUUUCCAGUGUCCCCAAGGGACUCACUGCAAGGGCAGCAAUGAUGGCAGCAGUAACUGUGCUGAAAUACCUCUGCAGUGCCCCGCCCACAGCCACUUCACCAGCUGCCUUCCCUCCUGUCCACCUUCCUGCUCAAUUAUGGAUGGCCACUGUGAGGAAUCCAGCUCCAAAGUCCCCGCAACCUGUAAGGAGGGCUGUGUGUGCCAGCCUGGCUACUUACUGAAUAAUGACAAGUGUGUGCUCCGAAUUCAGUGUGGCUGCAGAGAUGCCCAGGGUGACCUCAUUCCUGCAGGCAAGACCUGGCUCAACAGAGACUGUACAGAGAGCUGCAACUGCAUGGGAGGGACCAUCCAGUGCAGGACUUUCCAGUGCCCCCUGGGGACUGACUGCAAGGACAGCAAUAAUGGCAGCUAUAACUGUGUCAAAAUCACUCUGCAAUGUCCUGCCCACAGCCGCUACACAAACUGCCUUCCCCCAUGUCCACCUUCCUGUACUGAUCUGGAUGGCCACUGUGAGGGCACCAGCCCCAAAGUCCCCUCCACCUGCAAAGAGGGCUGCGUCUGCCAGCCUGGCUAUGUACUGCACAACAACAGGUGUGUGCUCCAGAUGCACUGUGACUGCAGAGACGCCCGGGGCGACCUCAUUCCGGCAGGCAAGACCUGGGUCUCCAGUGGCUGCACCCAGAGCUGUACCUGCAUGGGAGGGGUUGUCCAAUGUCGCAGCUUCAACUGCCCCCCAGGGACUCAGUGCCAGAAUGGCCCAGAUGGCAACAUUAACUGCACCAAAAUCGUCAAUGUGAAGUGCCCCGCCCACAGCCGCUACACCCACUGCCUUCCCUCCUGUCCACCUUCCUGCUCAGACCCAGAGGGCCUCUGUGGGGGCACCAUCCCAAAAGCCCCCUCCACCUGUAAAGAGGGCUGCGUCUGUCGAUCUGGCUUUGUGCUGCAUGACGGCAAAUGCAUACUCAGAAUUCAGUGCAGCUGUAGAGAUGACCAGGGUGUUCUCAUCCCGGCAGACAAGACCUGGCUCUCCAAAGACUGUACCCAGAACUGUACCUGCCUGGCAGGAGACAUACGUUGCCGGAAUUUCCAGUGUCCCACUGGGACUCACUGCAAGGACAGUGAUGAUGGCAGUCAUAAUUGUGCCAAAGCUGAUAAGGAAAAUGGAGAGGCUCUGCAGUGCCCAGACCACGGCUACCACACCAGCUGCCUUCCUUCCUGCAUCCCAUCCUGCUCCAACCUGAAGGAGCACUGUGAGGUCACCAGCCUCAAAGACCCCUCCACUUGCAAGGAAGGCUGCCUCUGUCAGUCCGGCUUUGUGUUCAACAGGGACAAGUGUGUACCCAGAAUUGAGUGUGACUGCAAAGACUCCCAAGGUGCUCUCAUCCCGGCAGGAAAGACCUGGAUUGCUACAGGCUGUUCCCAGAGAUGUACCUGCAUGGGAGGACUUAUUCAGUGCAGGGGCUUCCAGUGCCCCUCAGGAACUCAGUGCCAGGACAUCGAGAAUAACAGCAGCAGUUGUGCUGAAAUCACUGGACAGUGCCCAGCUCACAGUCGCUAUACCAGCUGCCUUCCCUCCUGUCUGCCUUCUUGUCUGGACCCCGAUGGCCUCUGCAAGGACACCAGCCCCAGAGCCUCCCCCACUUGCAAGGAGGGCUGUAUCUGUCAAUCUGGCUACAUACUGAGCGGUGACAAGUGUAUUCCCAGAACUCAGUGCAGCUGCAAAGAUGCCCAGGGUAACCUCAUCUUGGCAGGCAAGACCUGGAUCUCCAGUGGCUGCACCCAGAGCUGUGCCUGCAUCAAUGGGACCAUCCAGUGCCAAAAGUUCAGCUGCCCCUCGGAGACCCACUGCCAGCAUAGUGAUGAUGGCAGCAGUAACUGUGCGGCCAACACCUUUCAAUGCCCAGCCCACAGCCACUUCACCAACUGCCUUCCUUCCUGUUUACCCUCCUGCUUGAAUCCCGAUGGGCACUGCGAGGGCACCAGCACCAAAGUCCCUGCCGUCUGCAAUGCAGGCUGCCUCUGUCAACCUGGCUAUGUGCUGAAUAAUGACGAGUGUGUGCCCAGAAUCCAGUGUGGCUGCAAAGAUGUCCAGGGCACUCUCAUUCCAGAAAACAAGACGUGGAUCACUGGUGAAUGUACCCAGAGCUGUACCUGCAGAGGAGGGACUGUCCAGUGUCAUAACUUCAAAUGCCCAACAGGGUCCCAUUGCGAGUACAAUAAAGAUGGCAGCAGAAGCUGUGUCACCAGCGCUCUGAAAUGUCCGGCCCGCAGCUUCUACACCAGCUGCCUCCCAUCCUGUCUACCUACCUGCUCGGAUCCAGAGGGCCUCUGCCAGGGCUCCAGCCCCAGGGUCCCCUCCCCCUGCAAGGAGGGCUGUGUCUGUCGAUCCGGCUACGUGCUGCAUGACAACAAGUGUGUGCUCAGAAUUCACUGUGGCUGCAAGGACGCCCGGGGCAACCUCAUCCAGACCGGCCAGACAUGGAUCUCUACUGACUGUACCCGGAUUUGUGCGUGCAAGGAAGGACUCUUUCAAUGCCAGAACUUCCAGUGCCCCUCAGGGACCCACUGCCAACAAUAUCAAGACGGCAGCAGUAACUGUGUCUCCGACACGCUGAAGUGCCCAGCCAACAGCCUCUACACCAGUUGCCUUCCCUCCUGUCUGCCUUCCUGCUCCAACCCAAAAGGCCACUGUGAGGGCGUCAGCCCCAAAGACUCCUCCACCUGCAAGGAGGGCUGUGUCUGUCGACCUGACUACCUGCUCAGUGAGGACAAGUGUGUACCCAGAAACCAAUGUGGCUGCAAAGAUGCCAAGGGUGACCUCAUCCCAAUAGGCAAGACCUGGCUCUCCAGUGGCUGCACCCAGAGCUGUACCUGCGUGGAUGGAGCUGUUCAGUGCCGGAAUUUCAGCUGCCCCACAGGGUCCCACUGCCAGCACAGUGAUGACGGCAGCAGUAACUGUGCGGCCAACAAACUGGAAAAAUGUACCAUCUUUGGGGACCCCUAUUACCACACUUUCGAUGGCUUCUCCUACCGCUUCCUGGGUCGGAUGAACUACUAUCUCAUAAAGACAGUGGACAAACUCCCAGAGGGGAUGGAGCACCUGGUCAUAGAGGGGCGCAACAAAAUAUCCCCCAAAGGGAGUCCAACCUUGCAUGAAGUGACCACGAACGUCUACGGCUAUAAAAUACAGCUCCAAGAAGGGCUGGUGGCUUUGGUCAACAACCAAAAGGUGGCAAUCCCCUACAACCCAAAUGACCGCCUGGGGGUCUUCCUGCGGGCGCAGCGGCUGUUUCUCCUCACUGACUUUGAAAUGGUGGUGGACUUCGACGGGAAGCACACUGCAGUGAUCUCCUUGCCUACCAUGUACCGUGGGCUGAUACGGGGCCUGUGUGGAAACUAUGAUAAGGACCGAGCCAAUGACUUGAUGCUGCCCAGUGGAACACUCACCUCAAACAUCAAUGCCUUUGGCAACAGUUGGGAGGUGAAGAUGGUGAAAGCCCUCUUACGAUUGCCAAGGGCCCUACCAGAAGAAGGGGGAGAGGAAGAGUCUGACCCUCUGCCGUCAGAGUGCAGCCCAGAGCAGACAGCGCUCCUCAGCAGCACCCAGGCCUGUAGGGUGGUGGUGGACCCCCAGGGUCCCUUUGCUGCCUGUCACCAGAUUGUAGCCCCAGAGCCCUUCGAGCAACACUGUAUGUCCGACGUGUGCACUGGUUGGAAAACCAAAGAAGAAGAGGAGUUUCGAUGCCGGGUCCUCAGUGGAUACGCAAUCAUUUGCCAGGAGGCAGGUGCCAACACAACUGGCUGGCGGGACCAGACGCACUGUGCCAUGACAUGCCCUGCCAGUACUGUGUACCAGCCCUGUAUGACGCCCUGCCCAGCAUCCUGUGCCAAGUUUGUGACCCCCAAGGCCUGUGAAGGUCCCUGCAUGGAAGGCUGUGCCACCAUCCCGGGCUACAUCUACAGUGAUACCCAGAGCCUCCCAGUGACACAGUGCGGCUGCACCACCAAUGGCCUCUAUUACAAGCUAGGUGACAGCUAUGUGACUGAUGACUGCUCCCAGCAUUGCACCUGCGCAAGCCAGGGGACCCUGCUGUGUGAGCCCUAUGGCUGCAGGGCUGGAGAGGCCUGCACCGUGGCCAACUUUACUCGAGGCUGCUUCCGGGAUAGCCCUUGUCUACAGAACCCCUGUCACAAUGAUGGCCGGUGUCAGGAGCAAGGGGACACCUUCAUCUGCCAUUGUGACCUGGGUUAUGGAGGAGAACUCUGCACAGAACCUCGGGAUAUCCCGUCCAGAAAAAAGCUAGAAUUAUCCAGCUUACUGACCAUCGUGCCAGGAGUGAUUGUGGUGCUCUUAGUCCCCGACUUGCUGAUUAGAGUGAGAACUGCCAUAGCGAGGAGGGGGAGGGAGAAACUGUUGAGACAAAAUAGACAUAGGCUGGAGGGUACAGAUGUUCCAGAGCCUGCCUUCAGAGCCUCCAAGUUCUGACUUGUCCUCAGAAAAACAGAUGAAAUAAUUUAUUUUUUAAAUUUUUUUUACAUUUGUUAUUGUGUGGCUGUGUGUUAUGUAUAUGUGGGGUGCACAUGGCUGCCAUUCUCAAGUCUGGCAAUUUGUGGGAAUCAGUUCUCUCCUUUUACUUUGUGGGAUGUAGGGAUUGAGCCUGGGUCACCACACUUCACAGUGAAUGCCUUCUCCACUGAGAUACCUCGCUAUUUAUUUAUUUGUUUAUUUAUUUAUUUAUUUAUUUAUUUAUUUAUUUACUUACUUACUUACUUACUUAUUUUAUGCCCUGGCAAUGCUGAAGCACGCAUGGGCAGCCCAUGUAUGGAGGUUCUAUUGAACUUGUCCAUAUUGGGUUUCAUGAUCUAAAUUUAUGAGGAUGACUGACCUGGUCUCUUCCUCAAGAAGGCACAAAUCUAAUUACAGAUGGUUGUGAGCCACCAUGUGGUUGCUGGGGAAUUGAACUCAGGACCUUUGAAAGAGCAGGCAGUGCUCUUAACCACUGUACCAGCUCUCCAUACUUAAUGCUUUUAGAUGUGGAUUUCCCCUGAUUGUGGUGGAGGCAGUUUGUGUGGGAGACAAAGAGGUGUGUGUGGGUCCCUAGAGGCUGGAUGCUGUGCAAAGGUCCACAGGGAGAGAGGCUUAAGGCUCAGGAAGGAGAAUUUCACUCACUGAAAGCCAGACCAGCGGGCCACUCAGUCUUGAUAACCAGCAAUGGAAGACAGAAGGGCAGGGACGGAAACUCCUGGAAGGAAGGAUGAACUGGCCCGAGAGCCCUGCAAGUCAGGAGAAAAGGCUUCCCAUGCACAUGCUUUGUUUGUUUGUUUGUUUGUGUUUUAGGACAAAUUAUUAUAUAACUGAGGAUGACUUUGGACUUGCCCUGCCUCCACCUGUUGAGAUUACAGGCACAUGUCACUGUUGGUAGUUUGUGCUGGCGCUGGAGCCCAGGGUUCUGUGAAUGCUCGGCAAGCACUCCGCACCAGAGCUCGUCCUACAUUUUCCUUACCCCAGAGACCCCAUUUUAAAAAACAUGUGUGAGUGUGUGCACAUAUGUGUCCGUGUGUGUACAGGUGCUGUUGUGUGACACCCGUUCCUGUAAAGACAUGAAUAGACAUCUGCUUAUCCCAGACAGGGAACCAACAAUGGACCAAAGUGGCAACACCGCCCAGUUCCAGCGUGGUGAACUAAUGAGUGUCCAUGAGCAGUCACAGCAGCAGAAAUGACGCGGAGGUAGCCGCGCCGGCUCAUGGCAGCUGGAGACCCGGUGCUCGCUGCACGACUUGCAGGCAGCCUGACAGAUUGGAGGGCAUCCCCAGCUUGUCCGAGUGUUCUCAGCAGUCCUUACUGCUGAUAUAGGCUGGGCCAAGAGGGGCCUAGUGCGUCUGCUCAGCUCGAGGGACGUCCUGAAUUGUUUACUUCCUGAGCCUGCAGGAGCUUCCCUUUGAACACCCCGAGUCAGAACUUUGCUUUAUUCGUUGAGUGUGUGUGCGUGUAGGAGAGAAUGUCUGCCAUAUGUGUGCAGAUGCUCAUAAAGCCAGAACCUGAGGACACUGGAGUCACAGGCAGUUCUAAGCCAGCUGCUGUGGGUGCUGGGAACCAAACUCAGAUCCUCCGGAAGAGCAGCAAGUGCUCUUAGGCAUGGAGCGGUCUCUUCAGCCCAACAUCCUGAACCCCAGCACGCUUCUCGCCCAGUAGCUGCACACUUCCCUGUGUGCACACUCAAGACGUAGUGGGCAGAGGACAGCCCUGCUGUCAUUCCUCGGGCCCCUUCCACCUUGUCUUUGCCCAGCGGCUAGGCUAGCUGGCCAGCCAGCUCCCACAUAUCCAUCCACCUCUCCUUCCCGGCUGCUCCCCACUGCUGUUCUAGUGCAGACUGCUACGUCAGGCCAUGGGGAUAAAUGGGCAACAAACACUUCACCGAGCCAUUUCUCCAGCACCCAGUGGGUUUUAUUUGUUCUGAUGCUCACACAUACGUGUAGAGGUCAGAAGACAGCUAGAGGGGGUCAGUUCUCUUUACCUAGGCACCAAACUCAAGCUCGGCAGCAAGCACCUUUACCAGCUGAGCCAUGUCACUGCUAUGCCCCUUGCUUAAGGUGGCUUCAGACUUCCUCUAUAACCCUAGCUGGCCUUGCACUCAUUGUGCUCAGAGUCUUCCUACUUCAGGCUCCUGAGUCUAGGGACUCCACAGGUCUAAGAGCCCAGGUUCGUGGAGGACUGGGCCUCUGAGUUCCUCCACUAGGGGGAAGCAAGGCUAUUCCAGGUUUUGUUUCUAAUUGUCCCCCUCCCAGAGGGUGUCACACCCUCUUCAUUCCUCCCUUUCUCCAGUUGGUUACCCUUCAGUUGGUUACCAUGGAAACUGUGGGUGGGGUUACAGGCUUUGGGAGCCCUUCUGACAACCCAAGUAGAAAGGACCACCACCUAGCCCAGCCAGAGAAGGCCAAGGUGUAUACGUUACACCCUGAGAGUCUGUCUCCUUCUAGGUUCCUCCUUGCUUAGGCAAAACCUAGUGGUGGAUCGGACUGUUAGGACCUCAAGACACUGGGAUUUAGCAGGUUGACACAUGCCCUGGGAGAUAUGAUUAAUCCAUCUGUGUGACAACUAGACCUUCGGGGACCUUUCCUGAAGCCAGCCAAACCCAAUCCAAGUAUCGAAAGGGCUGGGCAUGGAGGGCCCUGCACGGCCGUGUUUUCCUUCCCCUUACCUGGGAAGGCACAGUGCACCUCUGCAGAGCAGCCUCCUGCCUUGAGCCCAGUUUCUCCACCUGGCCACCAUCUUUGCAGCUCCGCUCCUUUGGCCUUCAUCCUCAUUCUUCCCCAGGGUGGAUGUGGGGCAGUCGGCUGGGCUGGUGCCCCAGAGACUCCCCUUCCUUGUAGUAUUGAGCCCCUCCCACCCGCCAGGAAGAGAGGAGACAAAGAACUUAGUGUGAUUUCGUGCCUAUCUCUGCACUCCAGAGGCUGAGGCAGGAGGAUAGUGAGUUCAGGCUGGCCUGGACUAUAUAGCAAGCCCUAGUCACAAAAUAUGUGUGUGUGUGGGGGGGCUAGUUUAGUCAGUAGGCGAACACUAGAAUCAGGAGUCUGUCUGCAGUGGAGGAGGGGGCCAAGCAACAGGGGUGGCAGUGUGGGCUUAGCAUUCUAGAACUGCGGACGGAAGAAACUGAAUUCCUAGACUUGCUGGCCACCCAGCCUAGCCCACUUGGCUAGUAUACUGCCCCAGGUCAGUGAAGAGACCCCGUCUGUUUGUCUCUAUUUCACACAAACAGCCAAGAAACUAGCGAGAUGGGCUCAGUGGUGGUGAAGAGCCCUUGCUGCUCUUACAGAGAACCAGAAUUUUAAGUUCCCAACACCCGGGUCUCAACAGCCUAGAACUCCAGCUCCAGGAGAUCUAGCAUACUCUUUCUGGCCUCUGUGGACACAUACAUCCACAUGGACAUAACCCCCCAACAGAGCUGAAUACACACACACACACACACGCACACACACACACACACACACACACACGUUGGGGGCUUCACAAAGGCUCACAGCAUGGGAAAUCAUAGACAGGAACACUGCCUGGGGUUCCUGUGCUAUGAGGCUCUGCCUCCCUCCACUGCAGAGAGCAGCUGUGGGAAAGGUUUCAAGCUCCAUCAGGCGAGCCAGGGUUCGGCCUGCCCUCACAGGUGUCCCAAAGGGAAGGCAGAAGAGGCAGCAGACACUACAAGGGGAGUGUGGAAGCUGCGAUGGGGGGUGGCUCUCCUCCUCUUGUCUGGGAGGGAGCAGCUCCCCCUCCUCUUCCCAGGAGGCCAGGAAAACCUGCCUGGGCAGCAUCCUGAAUGGGGGAAUUGUCCCGAGAGCUCCCUGGCGUCUGUGCACACGUGUGAGGGCCCCCCUUUCAGCCACUCCCCAUCUUUCCCUUCCCCCACAGCCCAGGCCAGCUCUCCCAUGACCACUAAACCAUCCGCAGCUGUGGAGGACUGUGGGCUAUAGGCUGGGGCUUCCCUCAUACAGCCCCUGCCAAGGCAAAGGAGACAGAGGAGGGGCAGGAGAUGGCAGCCCCACCCCGGAGGUGCCUGAGGCUCUUGGCAGGGGCAGCUGGAGCAGUUAGCACCAGCUGCCAGUGACUCACCUCCCACCAA